AUGAUAUUCAACUUCCGCCAACUUCAUAGAGCAUUGACACCUGUCUUGCAAGCACUGUUGUUGAUCGUUACCAUUUCGUUCGUCUACAAGCUCGCACUGCACUAUACAUUUGGUUUUCCGCUCCUCAUAGAAGGCUUCUUUCAGAUAAUAUGCUCCGAGGUCAAUCGCUACAAGCAAGACCGCCGGUACAAGCGCGUUCAGAAUCAGGCAGAUUUGGGAGAGAAAGGUAAUGCUCGUACCGAGUGCGUGGGCAUGGUCAUUGGAUACCGAGAAGACCCAUCGCUCUUCCGCCAAUGUCUGGAGAGCUACCGCAACGACACCACCCGAACAGUCAGAACGCUCGUUAUUGGCAUCGAUGGCAACGAGCCCGAGGACAUGCCCAUGGUGGACGUGGCCGAAAGUGUCUACGGCGCCGCCAACCUAACAGUGAUCAAGCUGGACAAGCCCUUCGGUGCACUUGCCUCAGAAAUGAUCGACGGCUGGAAGGUGCAGCAAUCGCUGGGCGAAAAAGCCCACCAGCCGAACAAAGACGAAUUCUUCGACCACGUUUGUCGUGUCCUGGUCGGGCGGGCCGCAGCCCUCCUCCAGGAUCUGAAGCUGCUGCACGACCAGGGCGGCGACCACGCCGCCAAAGCCAUCUGCAUCACCCAGCCACACAUGUCCAAGAAGGACAUCAUGUUCAGCGCCUUCCUCUUCUCCCUCGCCCUCGCUCGCACGCACCAAACCCCCUUCAUCUGGUCCUCGGACUCCGACACCUACUUCGACCCCUCUGCCUCCCCCAUCCACCGCGUCCUCGCCACCAUGGCCGCCGACCCCUCCAUCGCCGGCUCCUGCGGCGCCCUCAACGUCCACAACCCCACCCAAUCCCCCACCACCCGCCUCAUCGCCGCCACCUACCUCACCGACCUCGCCCUCACAUCCGGCCAAAACUCCGCCUUCGACGUGACCGACUGCCAGCCGGGCCCCUGCGCCGCCUUCCUCACCCCCGCCCUCUCCAGCAUCCUCGUGCCGUGGUACACGCAAACCGUGCUGAGCACCCGCCCCCUCGUCAACGAAGACCGCCACCUCACGACGCUGCUCCUCGCCCGCGGCUUCCGCACCACCUUCCACCCCUCCGCGCUGCUGCACACGGCGGCGCCCUCGACGGCCGCCGCCUGGAUCGUCCAGCAGUGCCGCUGGAGCCGCGCCAUCGUGCUCGAGACGCUCGCCCACCCCCGCGUCCUCGCCGCCCGCAACCCCAUGCUCGCCCUCUACGCCGUCCGCCGCAUCGCCGGCCCCUACCUGCAGGCCUGGAUCGUCGUCCGCUACCUCGCCUCUGGCACACGCGUCGCCAUCUCCAGCCCUGCAGACAUUGCGGCUAGGGUGCUGCUGUGCUCCGUGUACACGGCUGCCCAGGGUGGCGCGAGGCGGAGCGGUGACGCCGGCGCUGGCGCUGGCCGCUGGUGUCGCGUGUGGCCGUGGCUGUGCGCCAGCCAGGUGUUUUUGCAGUUUCCGCAGCCGCCCGUGGUGUUUUGGGCUUGUGUGACCGUUUUUGAUGGGAGUUGGGGGAAUGAGGGCGUCGGCGGUGGUGCGGGCGGGAAGGGGAGGGCGACGCUUUGGACGCGUUUGCGGACGCUUGGGUGGACCUGGGCGCCCUUUGUCUGUGUUGCUGUCUGGGUCGGCCUGGUCGCUGCUGCGGUGUGUAAGUUUUUGGUGGAGAGCUCCACCCUGGUUGGCGGUGGCGGUGCUGAGGGCCUUUACGUGGCCGCUGGAGGAGUGGUCGCUUCCAUGGGAACGUUUUAUGUAUUCACGAAGGGGUAG